UCGGCCCACAUAAAACCCUAUUUCAUUUUAGGGUUUCAGUGUACACAAACAACAAGCUUUGCGCCUCUUUCUUUUUCACAAGCAUCACUAUUCAAAACCGUAACUAGCUUCUUCUUCGAAUCUCGAACUGCAUUUUCAUCAUGUCUUCGAAGAGAAAGGUUAGGGAGCCAAAGGAAGAGACAGUGACUUUAGGUCCAGCUGUUAAGGAUGGUGAACAUGUUUUCGGUGUUGCUCGCAUUUUUGCUUCUUUCAACGAUACCUUCAUUCAUGUCACUGAUUUGUCUGGAAGGGAAACCCUUGUUCGCAUCACUGGCGGAAUGAAGGUUAAAGCUGACAGAGAUGAGUCAUCACCCUAUGCUGCUAUGCUUGCAGCCCAAGAUGUUGCUACAAGAUGCAAGGAGCUCGGUAUUACUGCACUUCACAUCAAGCUCCGUGCUACUGGUGGAAACAAGACCAAAACACCUGGCCCUGGUGCUCAAGCUGCUCUCCGUGCCCUUGCUCGUUCAGGAAUGAAAAUUGGCCGUAUAGAGGAUGUCACUCCUAUUCCUUCCGACAGCACCCGUAGAAAGAGUGGUAGAAGGGGUAGAAGGCUCUAGAUUCCUUAUGUUGUAUGGAGUUGUAUCUUUUACUUUCCAUGCCAAACAGAAUUGUGGCAUUUUUUGAUUUCAACAUCAAGAAUUAGUUGAUUUGGACAUCGAUUUAGAAAGACUACUGAUUUUGAAUGUUGCUCCAUGGUUUGAUAUGUUUCUCAUUUCAUCUGCCAUAUCAAUGUUUCCUUUGUUGUUUCUCUUGGAA